GCUCCAUGAGAGCUGCAGGUCAGCUCAGUGCGGGGGAAGUCUUCGGAGAGUUGUUGGGAUGGGGAGUUUCCAGCUGAUGUCUUUAAGAAAUUUAUAACAGAGAAGUGAUAACCUGCUCCAGUAUUAGUUACUGCUUCUCUUCGUCAGGGAGAAUAAGGCAGCGUGCGCGAGGAGUGGCGUGUGCGAGGCGCUCUGCACGCGAUGUGGGCAGCAGCUGACCCCCGGGGAGCUGAGGUGGUGUGUGGGUCAGAAGGGCUGUAGUGGAGAAAGGAUAGCUGUAGAGUCUGUGAGGCCCUAGUUGUGCUUCGUGGAAAAGGAAAUCUGGGGAUAGGCAGGGCUUCUUUAGGGAAGCAGGAGUGGAAGUGUUUUGCUUCUGGGAAGCGUUUAAAGGAGAGACGAAGAUGCGUCUCCUGUGGCUAUCGCCUUUUGCUAGAUGUUGCUCUCGGGCAUUUUUACAGUUCUGGGCAGGGGGAGGAAAGGCGAGGCAGCAGCGGUGCCUUUUUUCCGGUUCUCCGACGUCUGCUUCUCACUGGAGCAAGGUGGUUUCUGAUGCAGAGAAGAUCGUGGGCUAUCCGACCUCUUUCAUGAGCCUCCGUUGCCUUCUGAGCGACGAGCUGAGUAAUAUCGCCAUGCAGGUGCGCAAGUUGGUGGGGACCAAGCACCCGUUGCUCAACACUGCCAGAGGUUUUGUUUAUGAUAGCAGAAAUAACCUGCAGAUGCGAGGUCUGGUGGUUUUACUUGUUUCUAAAGCAGCUGGGCCCAACAACAAAGCAGACAACUCUCUCCAGAAAGACAUGAUCAGUGGGAUAUAUUCUAGCCAACGAAGUCUGGCAGAAGUUACAGAGUUGAUCCACACGGCUUUCUUGGUACAUCGUGGGAUAGUAAACAUUGGUGAAUUGACGUCCUUGGAUGGCCCAUUGAAGGAUAUGCAGUUUGGGAAUAAAAUGGCUGUUCUAAGUGGUGAUUUUCUUCUAGCAAAUGCAUGUACAGGCCUAGCUCAACUACAGAAUACAAAGGUAGUAGAGAUCAUGUCAAGUGCCAUUGGUGAAUUAGUGCAAGGGAUAUAUUAUGAAAAUUCUAACUUAGCAAAGGAAAAUGGUCUCACCGAUGACACUGGAAUAUCAACUUGGGAAGAACAAAUUUUCCUAUCCCAUAGUGCCUUGCUAGCAAAAAGCUGCCAAGCUGCAAUGGAAUUGGCAAAGCAUGAUGCAGGGAUACAGAAUAUGGCGUUUAAGUAUGGAAAGCACAUGUCUAUGAGUCAUAAGCUAAAUGUCGACAUUCAGCCAUUUGUUAAAGAAAAUUGUAAUGGUACAGUGGCCUUCGAUUUAAAUUCUGCUCCUGUAGUCUUGCAUCAGGAGAUCAUCGGACGAGAAGCCUGGAUGAAGCAGAUUAGAGAGGCUCAGAUUAAAGGAAGUUUAAUAGACUAUACUAAGUUGCAGGAUGCAAUCAAGGCUGGCAAAGGUGUGACUUCAGCUAUUGACCUAUGUCGUUUCCAUGGAAACAGAGCGCUGGAGGCUCUGGAGUGCUUCCCUCCCUCUGAGGCCAGAUCUGCUUUAGAAAACAUUGUUUAUGCUGUGACAAGAUUUUCAUGAUGCACAGUUGGGGGGAAAAAAGAAAUUAUUGUUCAUCUGCUGAAUAACAGAUAAUAAUUGCAAAAGUUGAAAUUUGCCAUCACAUCUCAUCUCAGUGUGUUAGUAGCCUUAAAAUUUUGUUUCUGUUCCACUCACCACAUUUCCCAAAUGAACAUAUAUCCUUCGGAACUGCUACAAACAAAAUUAGGGGAAAAAGGUCAAACAGUUUUCGCUUGUCAUGCCAGAAGCACACUUGAGGCUGCAUCAGCAGAAAUAAUUAAUGAGACUCACUUCUGUGACCUCAGCAAAUGGACAGGAAAUAAGUCCUUAUUGAUUGGACAUAGCCAGGGAUGGCGCCAGUGUGGUGGCCUGUGGUUUUCCUGCACUAGAGAAGACAGAGGGAGGCGUGAAGCUGCAGGUGUCGGAAGGAACGCUUUCUAAAUCUGCCAGGGAGAGGGCUGUUUAAAUUCAGAAUUAAUGUACCAAUUUAUCAACAUGAAGGGCAGCUCGAUGAAUUAGUGAGAAAGGAAGGGUUAUUUUAUCUGACUACAUUCAGCCAUGCCCCCUCACACUCUGAUGUUUAUGUAUUUAAACCCAAAAUUACUUUGUGCCUGCUGUGCUGAGUGUUUUAAAGUUAUAAAGAGAAAGCAUCCGGUGUUGCAAGAGCUUUAUGACAGUUGUUCUGUAUAAAAUAACUCUUCAAUGGGAAUCAAAGAAUGGGCUUUUGGGGGUUUCAGCAAGGUAAAAUAUUUGUCUUUUUUAUAUCUAUCAAUCUUUCUUGACAAGAAUUUGUACUGUAUUUUCCUAGAUUUAUUCAAUAUUUUGUUUUCAUUCAGGCUGAAUAAAUACUUCUUCAUACAACUCUGCAUCAAUCCGGUGGAAUAAGGGAUAGUUGUUGCCCCCGUCCCCCCCCCCCCCAUGCUAGUACAGGAUUUCAUUCCCUGAAUAGAUGUAUAUUACAUGAGAAGUUUUUUAACCUUACUGUGUCAAAUGUUAAAGUCCAAUUACAGAGAGAAUACAAGGUAUAUCAGAAGCCUGCAAUCUGACACUGUCUCUAUUUUGUUCAUAGGAGAUGAUUUUUGUGGUUUGCAUGCUUGCAAUCUGAGAACAUCGUUGACAAGAAGGCUGAGUUUACAUAAAUGAUCCAGAUUGAGACUCAGCUACCUUUCUUCCUUCUGUGGUGUAAUUACAGCCCAAUCUGGAGACAGCUAGCACAGCAAACAGAUUUCAUUACAUUACUCUCUUGAACACUAAGUGGAGUUAUUUCAGUUAACUUCUUCACACACACACAUUAAAGUGAAGUGUCACAA